ACAGCCUCAGGCCUCCCUGUCCCGGGGUGUAGUCGGUGCAGAGGCCUAGGCCCGCUCUCACCUGGCUGCCCCGGGGAGCAACGCCCACGGCGGCUUCACUUCACUUCACUUCACCGCCUCUGACUUCAAAUUCAAAGUGGGCGUGUUGGGAUCAUGACGGGCAGCGGCUCAGUGUUGAUCCGGCGCUGAGAGCGGCGGCGGCGGGAAAGAAGAAAGUAAGUCCUGGCCCAGCGACUCCGAGCAACAGCCGGCCGGCAGUCAUUCAUUCAUUCAUUCAUUCAGUCAGUCCGAUACAAUGGCCGCUACAACCAGUAAGUACAGAACAAGAGCAAGAACAAACACAUGUCAAGGUUUUUCUAAAUCACGUAUUGACCGAAAGCGCACACGGAUGGAUUCAGUUUCUCAGACGUAUGAUGCAGAGGAAGAAGAGUCUUCAAGUGAAAAGAGUGAGAAUGAAGAGUCAAUGAGUAGUACCUCUGAGGAUGAGGAAGAGCAAAACCCACUCAACAAAGCAACAGAUAGUUCAGAUGAAGAACCGGUUAUUCAAAAGAAGCGUUUACGUUCUCAUCCACUCAUCGAGAGUGAGAGCAGCUCAGAUAGUGAGAUUUGCAGCAAGCCAAUAAGGAAGAUAAAAUGCAAUUCACGCCAUAUUUGUGUACAGGAUGAAGAAGAAGGAAGCGGUGAGGAAACAACUACGGACACUAAUCUGCAUGUAAAAAUUGAAGAGGGCCCUCAGUUAGAGAAAGAACUAACAAUUGCUCGAAAAAGGAAACGGCAGUUGGAGCUUACACGUUUAUCACAGAGGAGAAGAACCCAAAUCUCAACUCGCAGUAGCUUUCAGUUAAUUGAGAAUUCUGAUGAAGAGUCUGAGGCAACAUCUUUCUCCCAGGAGGAAAAUAGCUCAGGAACCGAAUGGGAAAAUGACAGUUUAAAAGACUUCAUUGUACCUGAUGAAAAGGAUCUGCAAACAACAUCAAACCACAGCGAAUUACCACCAUCUUUCCUGGCAAAACAUCUUCCAAACUUUCUUAUCCGUGACCUCCACUCACAUUUCCAAAGCGUUGUUAAAGCUUUGUUGAGCAAUGCAUUUGAUGCCGCUUUCCUUAAAUCCUUAUAUGAAGGAAGCAGGGAGAAAAAAUAUGCAAAAGAAAUGUUGAACUCUCUAAAUCAUGUAGAUGAACGCCAUAUUCAGAUGCGUCUUACAAAUUUAAAGACAACAAGUCGGUGGAGUGAUCGUUACAAGGAACGUGUGGAUUGUUAUCCUAAUCUUUGUGUGAAACAGCAUCAUGCAAUCGAAACCUCUUGUCAAGCCUGUGAGCUGAAACGCACCAUUAGGUUCACAGUUAUCCUGUCGGGGCAGCUGUAUGACUCCAAGAGCUUGGAACAAGACAGCUUCAUGUCGAAUGACAAGCAGGUGAUGUCAAUUGGUCGUGUUUGUGCAGGGAGGACGGAAGUGUACCACUGUUUAAAGCACUUUAAAUAUUGGUUGUAUCAGGAGUGCUGUUCCAUGGUGCAAAGUGAAGAUACUCGUGAUGAAGAUGUCAAGGACGCUGUCAAUCGGAUCUACAAGCGCUUAGAAGAACAAAACUGGAUAGAGGAGCAAUAUAAGCAUCUUGAAACAAUUCUCAAUGACGCUGACAAAUUCUGCGAAGAGAAGCAUUAUGACUAAGAGAAAAAGAAGAAAAUGAAAAAAGGAUGUUACAUUUUAUGUUACACUUUCCAGCACUUGCAUUCCCUCUCCGCUUUGGAUUUUUGGACCAAUCCUUGCCACAUGCUGCUCCAUUGCUUUGCUAAAAGCAAUUGGCCGAUUAAAAGGUCAUCUGCGGGACAUAACUUCACCAUUGCCUUGUUAUGAAACAGAGUCCUCGCGGCAGUGUUUCUGACCUAUUUUGUAAUAUAAUGCAGAUAUGCUUUUUCUUUUCAAUACGAACACAUAGACCUUUGACUGGUUUAAUCUGAGUGUUCUGUAGAUGCGGUUGAAGACAAUUAUGUCUGUGGUAUACAUUGCAAUCACAGAAAAACAUUCUAUGUCAAUCAUUUGUAGUUAUUGAGAAAUACAUCUACAGUUAAAAUAAAAACCUUUUAAGUCAACAAUCAACAGUUUUCUGCACAGACCUCCUCUUAGGUGUGGGAAUCAUAAUCAGCAGCUGUGUUCAAGGAAAGAGCUACAGUCAAUGGUAGAUAAUUCCCCAACUGCAAAAGAGACAUUCUGAGGGCUAAUCACCUACCACUAUGUAAUUUCUACAGUGUGUGCAGGGACUUGUAGGUGUAAUUCCUUGCAAAAUGGGACAGAUAUUCUGAAGAGGAUG